AUGAAUUUCUUCAAAUCCAUUCUAUCAGAGGAUUCAGAUCCUCCAAAACCCGAAAACCCCCAUGACCCGGAAUCCGAAUCCCCACUGAAAAGAAAUCAGGAUCCGUAUGAUGUUGGGCAGGACCCGGAUCACAUCUCACCGCCACCCAAAAGCCCGAAUUCUGAUUCAUCUAGUGGUGGAGGGUGGAGUUUUGGUGGUCUGAUCAAGACUUUUGCGACCCAAUCUGAGUCGGUGCUGGAGACAUAUAGGCGGGAUCUUAGGGAAUUCGGAAUGGGUCUCAGGAAGGAGUCGGAGAUCAUCCGAGAAGUCGCCAGCCGCGCCGUGAAGGACCUCCCUUCUUCGCUCGAGGCCGGUGCGUCGGCUGCUCAUGGUUCGCUGGAAUCUGUCGGGCAUGCACUGGAUGGGGUGCUGAAAUCAACUGCUGAUAUAAUUUCACAAGGGAAAGAGAGCCUUCUUUCAGGCUCGGAUGGGGAGUCUGAAACGCCUGACAUUAAUAAGAGCUCGAGUUCGGGUCGGUACAGCCGGUUUGAUGCCCAAUUGAAUGCAAUCCAGUCUGAUGUGAACACUUUCAGCAAAGAUCCAGAGGAUUUGGAGGAGUAUCAGAAGUGGAAAUUGGGGUUUACAUUGGUGGAGAAGAGCAAUGACGUUGAGGGGCUAAUUGGAGAAAUGGGGGUUUUGGAGAGCCUUUACAAAAGGCUUGUUCCUAGUACUGUUGAUCACGAUACAUUUUGGUGUAGGUACUUCUAUAAAGUGCAUAAGCUCAAGCAGCAAGAGAGUGUACGGGCUAAUCUUGUUAAGCGGGCAAUUUCUGUUGACGAUGAUGAGGAAUUAUCUUGGGAUGUAGAUGAUGAGGAGGAGGAUAAUGGAUGGGAACAAAAGGGGAAUGCGAAAGCGGAACAUAAAGAUGAUUCGAGAAAUGAAGAUUCUAAUGAUAAGAAUUUUAGCCAUGUUGAGAAACGAGAGGAUCCUGGCAAUGAGUUGCAAAAUAAGGAGGAAGGAGAUUAUUCAAUUGUGGAUAAUGUUGACAAGAACAAUGCAUUUGACUCAAGCAAGAAGAGUAGACACAAUGUUUCGUCUGAUGAGAAGGCAAAGUCUCAAGAAAUAAUUGAAGUGAAAGAUGAUGAGAAAGUGGAGUCUGAACAAAUAGCUGAAGAGAAGAAUGAUGAGAAAGUGAAGUCAAAGGAGAAGGUUGAUGAGGAGGCAAAGGGUGAAAAGAAUGGUGCUGGUAAAGAAAUCGUGGUACCAAGUCAUCAAUCUGCUGCAGAGGAGGAUUUGGAGUGGGACGAGAUCGAAGAUAUUGAGAGCCACGAUGAAAAGAAAAUUAGUGCUACUCAUGGUGGGAGCCCCAACAAAGCUGAGUUGAGGAAUCGGUUGAGCAUUGCAGAAGAAGAUGAAGAUUUGAGUUGGGAUAUUGAAGAUGAUGAUGAACCCAUAAAGGCUUAA